GGGCUGCGAGCAGCAAGCAGAGCGGAUGUGAGCGUGUGGUUUUAGUCUCAUUUAAAGCCAUGCCUUCAACAACACAAGAGCUAGCAGACAAUCAGGAGCCAAUACAAUGACACUAAACAAUCUGGAGUGCUACAGACGUUUUCCGGACCAAUCUGAAGCGAAAACAAUAGAAGCGUGAUCAGUAAAAGUUAUCCGACUAAACAAUUCUCCUGGGACAUCGCAUUCAUAUUUUUUGCAGCAUCUGUCUUCCGGGAUUGGCUGUAAGAAAUCGCCUCAUAGAUUAGGCACCAUGAGUGAGCUGAACGUGCCUAUGGGCCCCCCCUCUCCGGCCGUGGGGCAGCAGCCUCCUGACGAUGGGGGCAUGGACUACAGGGAUUGGGUGAGACGCAGUUACCUGGAACUGGUCAGCUCCAACCACCAUUCUGUGCAGGCUCUGUCCUGGAGGAAGCUCUACCUGAGCCGAGCCAAGCUCAAAGCAUCCAGCCGCACCUCUGCUCUGCUCUCAGGGUUUGCUAUGGUGGCCAUGGUGGAGGUACAGCUGGAGAUGCAGUACAGUUACCCGCGGGUGCUCUUAAUUGCCUUCAGUGUGUGCACCACCGUCCUGGUCGCUGUGCACCUCUUUGCCCUCCUCAUCAGCACCUGCAUCCUGCCCAACGUGGAAGCAGUUAGCAACAUCCACAACCUCAACUCCGUGAGCGAGAGCCCCCAUGAACGCAUGCAUCACUACAUCGAGCUGGCCUGGGGCUUCUCAACUGCACUGGGCAUCCUUUUGUUCCUGGCUGAAGUUGUCCUUUUGUGCUGGAUAAAAUUCCUGCCUGUCGACGCCAAAACAGAGCUGCCUCCAAAAGAUCCGCCUCCGGAUCCGCAGAACAGCGGGUGGCAGGCUGCGUUGGCAUCCACGAUCAUAAUGGUGCCAGUGGGAGUGAUUUUUGUGCUUUUCACGAUUCAUUUUUAUCGUUCACUGGUGCGCCACAAGACUGAGCGCCACCACCAGGAGAUUGAGGAAUUGCACAAGAUAAAAAUCCAGUUGGAUGGUCAUGAAAGAAUGUUACAGAAUGUUUAAAAUAUUCAUGGACUUUUUAUUGCUUUGCCAAUACUCGCUUAUUUAUUCUUUAUGUGGAAUUUACACAGGAGGGAAUUGUUACAUAAAAGGGCUACUUAUGUGAUACUGUUUUCUGGCCUGGACUAUUUUUGGUUGGGGAAAUAUUUGGACGUGUCACAUGAGAAGACGCCAAUCAUUUCCACAGAUGUUUGUUAAUUUAGUCAAAGCAAAAAAAAUGGACAGUUGAAAUUGGAAUUCAAACAGGAUUCCUGAUAAGGAAAGAGUGGUAUGCAGAAAAGGGAAGCCAAAUCAUAGUUUCUAAGCUAUAUUUAUCUAGUCUUAACAGCCAUUCAAAUUCACUGCAAGUUCUAUACAAGGCUGCGUUCAUGUGAGCACUGAAAAGUUUGAAACAAUUGAAAAAUUUCAGCAGUUUGCCAACAUUUCCAGGUAAUAUAACUUGAUUGGCCAGGUGGUCUAUUUCAUAUUCCGACUGGCUACCUCUGACUUGUAUGUGGUUUUUAAAUGUUUAAUUCAGUAAGUCUAUAUUUGGAAGUAAUAAAAUAACCAUGAUUAGCUUAAUUGUAAAUGUUCGCUAGCUAGUCACUUCUUUCUGUCGCUUGUUAGCCACUAGCGACUCUGCUGAUUUUAACAGUCAACAGUGAAAACAAAUGCAACUUCACAAAUACAAUCAAGUAAUAAAAUGAAUGCAACUUCACACAUCAGGUGGCUAGUAUUUAUUUAGCAUUAAGGAUAACUUCUUUAGGGCUUAUAUGCCUGAAGGUAGAUAAACCACUAGCCAUGUAACCAUUUAUUAUCAGUCCUUGUUGUAUGUUUACAUAUGUAACAGCACACGCCCUUAACUUUAAAAAUCAACCAAAAUUGCACCAUCCUCAAAUGCCAAGUUGUGAAUACUCAAAUGUUGCAAGGAUAAAAUGUCAUUGAGUUGGGUUAAGCAUGUAGCUAGCUUAUCAAAAUACCAAAUCAAUCCAAGCUCUGCAAUGCUAGCUGCUUUAGUCUUUAAAGAUUUUGAUUUAGAAUUGGUUCUGAGGCCAAUUUUUACAAAAUAUAAAAAGCAUGUACCUAGCUAAGCCUGAAAAAAUGCUGCAAGAAACCAUAUUGACCACUUAUUAAUCAUUUGAUUUAUAAAAGAGCUGGCUCUGGGGCUUUCUUCUACCACAGAAAAUAAGAAACAGUUCCCAACUACUACAAAUAAAGUACGUGACAAAUAUUUAAACCAAAAUUAUGUUGUUAGUCUCAUAUCAAUGUUGUGAUUUUGUGCGCUAGCUAGCCAGGCUCAUAUCUACCUUUAUUUUAAACUGUUAGCAUUUUUACUCUUUUUUUUAAGUGUGCUAAUUUGCUAACCGGCUUUUUAUAAGUCAGCCGAAGUUUACAGAGAACUUUAUAUAUGCAUUUAAAAGGUUCCACUGUUGAAACUAAAUGGACUAAAAUUUAAACAGUUUGAAAUGUAGAUGGGAUUACCAUAAACGGGAACAAGGCGGCACUAGCUAGGUCUAUUUGCAGUCAGUGAAAAAUGUGUUUACUUAGAAGUUGGCCUCCAGGGCAAACACAAACAUAUUUUUAUACUUUGUUUCCUUUUUAGACUUUACUGUUGAUUUUACCGGUAAAGCUUAUUUUCCCAAUAUUUGUCCAGCUAAUAUGGAUUUUGUAUCUGUAAUGUAACUAUUCCAAGAUGUAGACAGUUGGAAAGUAAUCAAAUGCUUGGACUAGGGUACAAUAAUUUCCACUCUGGGAUCUAAAAUUAAGAAAAAAAAAACUAAAUGUAUCUGACCCAACCAGGAACAAAGUAGUAGUAUCACUAUUUAUAGAGUUAUUAAUGGGUUUAUUAGUGGUAAGUAAAUCAAAAACACAAAAUAAGUGAUCUAAGUGGCCAUAUUUCUACCACCUCUUGUAAACUUACUCUUAUGUUAUUCCUGUAAAUUAUUCAAGUUUCUGACUGGUUAACUUAAAAAGAUCAUAUUGUAAAAUUAUGCAAUAUGGAUAAUUUUGCAAUAUUUUGGCACACAAAGGAAAAAAAAAAUAUUGUCAAUGUUUACAACUUGAGAAACCAGCCAUUUUUGUCGAUAUUUGGGAUGCACUGAUCCAGCUUUUUCAGUUCCGAUACCAAUUUUGAUACUCUGGCUUUAAGUAUCUACCUGAUAUCAACCGAUACUAGUGCAGGGACUUAUGAUGGCACUUAUUUCCUUAAAUCAAAAAUAACAUAAGACAAAACUGACUCAAAUGUGUUUUGUAGCAUUAGUCAUACCUCAAACGUUCUAUAAAUAAAACUUCAAACAUUAUGGGAUAUUCUGGGCCAAUGGUGAUAAGUAAAUAGUCUCAUUACCUAAAUCUAUUGGCUCAACUGGGGUAUCGGCUGAACUGAUAUUUUUAAGACGAUACUGGAUCCAGCAUAUUUUCUGGAUUAGUGCUGACAUCCAAUACCAGAAUCAUAUCAGUACAUCCCUAGUCUAUAUCGUGACUCUUGUAUGUGUGCCUACUUUUCUUUUUCACUGUGGCAAUUGCAUGUAGCACCUUUAACACAGACAGGCCCAUACUGCCUUCUUUAAACUAGUGGUGCAUUCGAGGCCUCUCAGCUGUUCUGUAACUUCAAACUUUUUACUGUGAGAGGAGGGCUAUAUACUCGCAAGCACUUUUCCCAGCACGGCUCAUAUGACACAGAGUAAUGUAAGCCUAAAGUGGAGUCGGUGAUGCAUUCAAUGUGCAACCAAUCCGCUUUCUAAAUGUCUUACUUACAGAUACUUUUUAUACUGUUACUGAAUAUUUUUCAAGCCUCUACUGCACAAGUUUCUGGUGCUGCUUCACUGUGAAUGUUACUGUCAAAAAUACUGCUCUUUUUAAUAUGUUUGCUUUUGUUAACUUAAAGGGCCUAUAUUACUGUCAUUUUUUAUCUGUGUUACAAUGUUGUUUCCUCAUCAAAAAUGUACCUGGAGUGUUUUGUUUUUCUUUGUUUCAUUCACACAUGGUUGGCACACAGAUCCUAUUUUGUAUUUUUAGGCUGUGUUUGUCUUUCAGACUGAACGUCCUCUGUUCCAUCUUGUGAUGUCAUUAAGUGGUAAUAGAGAAAUAAUUUCACUGUGUUUUUAAACUCCUUACACCUUCACUAGAAUCAUUUGGGUAAUUUGAAUCCUUGGAAUUGCCGAACUUUGCCAAACUUUGAAGCUAUAUUGAACCAUCUCCACCCCUCAGUACACGCUAGAGGAUACUGUAGACUUUCUGUGGCAAUCUCAACUGGACAAGGCAUGAAACAAAAUAAUAUUGUAUGUAGUGUAUUGCAUUAUAAACCAGUUCAAUUUAAGCUAAAAAUGGCUGCUAACUUUAAACUGCCAUUGAAGACAUCACAAGGUGUAACAAAGCAUUUUGCACUUUGGAGAUGUAGACAGCCCGAUAAUGCAGGAUGACUCGAACAUGUGUGAAUGAAACAAAUCAAAACUCGGGGCAUGUUUUUGAUCAGGUAACAUGGCUAAAAGCUCAAAGGAGUCAACUGUGCGUAAUAUAUUACCUUGAAUAUUUUCUUGACAAAGGAAGAGGAAAUGAAACUUGGCAUGACUUUCGUACAGUGUGCUGAUAAAUACAGGAUUUUGUGCCAAAAAAAAGUUAUUGUGGUGAAGAUGGAAAAUGUGAGGGAUAAAGCAUGAAAAAUGUGCCAUCUUUUGUAUAACAUUCCAAAUAUUGUAACUGACCAAAGCAUUGCCGUGAUGUUUGUUUUGUUACUGACACAAAGCUGCACUGCAAAUGGUGCAGACAGAAUAAAGCAUUUACAAAAUAAA